AUGAGCAUCACCUUUGUCUUCGUGAUUUUCCUGUCUUUGAUCGCCUCUGGCAUUACAGGGAUUCAAACUCCAGACCGAUCCCUUCGAGAGGUAAAGGAAAGGUUCGAGGCCGAUGUUCUAGAUCUGCGCUUCGAGGCGCAGAGAGUGUAUGCGUCGUACAAGUGUGAUCCAGCAAAGCUUCUACAAAGCUGCCAACAGAGCAACUACGAUGCUUGCAGGUCUUCUUUUCCCAAUCCAAGAUGCGACAGUGAACACAAACACGGCGACAAUGUGUGCGGUCGCUUCGAAAACGGCACAACAGCAGCAGACAAAAACAACGCCUCUUGUCAUGGGAUGGUUGCGGAUCCAACCGUGACUUCCAUUUACGUCCCCUCCUUCUCUCCCACAAACUUCUACGACAAUGGAACGACCAUGGAUCCUUUGUUGGUCGAGGACAUUUGCAUUUCGCAUCGACUCGAGGAAUACUUUGUCGAGAAAGCCGCCGACAGCGCUUCUUCCCCUCGGUCCAUGUUCUUUGCCGGUGCGGCCACUGGCCUGCUGAGAAUCUAUCCAGCUCGAACUCUCCCAUUCUGCGACGACAGUUCUUCCGCCUGGGAUCCACGACAAGAACCAUGGUAUCAACUGGCCACCCGAGCUCCUGCUAGUGGCAAGACGGUGGUGAUUUUGCUUGAUACGUCCAGGUCAAUGAACCAGCGACUCGAACACCUCCGAGGGCCUGUGCGGCACGUCAUCGACACUCUCAAUGAUGGAGUCGAUCGGCUGGCUAUUGUACCCUUCUCCACAGCGGCAUAUGAAAUCACCGUAGAAGAAGCCGUCUUGGUUCCUAUCACCAGAACCACCAAACGCCACCUUCUUCAACUCGUCGACCAACUACUGACAAUGGAAGCGGGCGGCUCCACGAAUAUGAUGGCCGCCUUUGAGAAGACGUUCGAGAUUCUAGAGUACGGCAUGGUGCACAACAUGGCAGAAGAAUCCUGCUUCACCGUCAUUCUGUUCUUCACCGACGGAUCCAUGACCGAUCCACCAGGGAAGACAGAACAAGAUGUCAUCGACUUUAUCAACCAUGGACUCUCGCGAGCGGAAAACAUGCUGCAACAGCCGGUCUUUACUCUAAUUUACAGCGUUGUGGACGGUGUCACUGGCGAUGAUGACGACCGCACAGUUUCCUUCCCGAAGACGUUGGCUUGCUCCAGCGCUCGAGCUUCUUGGGCUUCUUUAAACACGCACACACGUGUUCAUGAGUCGCUCGCAGGCUACGACGCUCUCGUCGAGUGGGGGCUCCAGCCAAGAUCCAGUUCCAAUUUUACGGCGUGGGCUGAACCGUAUCUGUUCGCAGCCAGCGCCGCAGCAGUCGGAAUAUCCAUAACAGCUCCUGUCUUCGGCCCGGACAACCAACUGAUCGGAGUCGUGGGGAUUGAGGUUUCUUUGGAUGAUCUCCGAGCUGCUUCAAAGGAGGAAGGAAACAUGACUCUUAGAUGCUUUUCCCGGCUUUCCCGGCACCGAUACUCGCCCACUAUGCCCUUCUAUGCUGGACAACUUGGAUCGCUGUGCACUUAUGUCUCUAUCACGCGUGGAUCCAGGAACUUCCUGUGGCUGCAAUAA